AUGUCAGCAACAACGAUGACGAGGAGAGCACUAACGUUGCUAACUUCACUGCUGCUGGCUGAAACUGCCAGUGGACUGAUUCCAGCGUCGCCAGAACAGCAGACACGCCGUGCCAUUCAAUCACUGAAAACUGCCAUUGCAAAUCUUACACCUGACAAUGAAGAAGAAAAACGAACCAAAAAGGUUCGAUUGUAUGUCGACUAUCUGAUUCCACUCCCUAUAGAAACCAAAGCGGAAGAUAUUGAUCCGUGGCCUGGUGGUUUGGCUCAGAUGUAUCCUUAUGCCGAAGAUAUUGUGAAGGAGAUCUUGCAAGGUGUUGUCGACAAUCAAGCUGGACCAUGCUCGUCACAGAUUUUGAGCGCCGAGGACUGCUGUGGACUUUUUAUUCAAGAAUCGAGCACUUCUGCUAAGAACGACAUUGCCGCAAUGGUCUUUCCUGGUGUGGAUCAAUUGUCCCAGAUCGAGCAAGUGGAUGAAAUGGUUGGGGAUCAGCGUACCUUGAUUAUCUUCAACAAACAGUUUCAACGCCCAGUUGAUUUUGGAUUUUCGGGAAAGAACAAUGCUCAAUCUCAAAAAGUUAUCUUUGAUCAAUAUCAAUACGGUUUUGCCUUUCAAGAGUUUGCCUGCAGAGGGGAAGAUACCAAAUUGACCUUCGAAUAUCCCAAUUGGCAAUCCUGUGUGAUUUGUGAAGAAAAUCGUGAUGUAGGUCAGAAAGAAAUUGCACUGCUAGAGCCUUCUCCAGAGCGACCAUCCUACGAAGCUUUGGAACAAAAGAUUAACGAAGUGCUUCCAGAACCGUUGUGGAUGAGAAUGAUUGGAGAAGCUGAGGAGAAGGGACUCAAAUUUCAACGGCGGCAAUAA